AUGGGUUGGACAAACAGAACUCUCGUCACGGACAGUGACAGGUAUCUCAGGGCCUAUGAUCGUGGACAGGUGAUCCUCCUGGGAAACAUUCCGCCAGGAGUCAAAGAUGCAGAGCUGCACAAUCUGGUCUCGAAGUUGGGCAUCUCAACUGCCACCUUUUGGUGGCCGUAUGCCGGCAGCAGGCACUCCUGCCACAUUGAAGCGGGCCACAAAGAGAAGGCGGCCAUCAUCAUGGCUGGGCUCAACCAGGUCCAACUUCGUGGACAGGCAUUGUACACUGAGGCUGUACCAGUACCUCGAAAGAGGCGAGGUUCGGCCAUGACUACACUACCGGCUGCUGCGACCAACAACACGGCCCCCGCACAAGUCGCCGGAUCUGUAGAGACUACAGUCACCACUUCUACUGCCAGCGCACCAAGUUCCUCUGCGGCAGUCUCCAACCUCGCGCCGUCUCUUGAUGGCAUCACUACAUCUUUGGCUGAUGCCAAUCUCAACUCUCAGAGUCCUGUCACCGCACCAAGUUCCUCAGCGGCAGUCUCCACCCCCAUUCCGUCUCUGGAGGACGUCACUGCACCCUUGGCUGAUGCCAAUAUCAACUCCCAGAAUCUGGUCCCGAGAGGUGGCGGCAAUGCUGUUGUGCAAGCUUCAGCCUCAUCUGCCUCGGCCUCUGCUCCUGGUAACCGAGUUGAGGGAUCACACUCUCGCCCCACCUAUCCCAUACAGUGGGCGAACGAGGUGCUCCGAUACGACGAAGGCGUACAAGAGUUUUAUUCAACGUAUCAGAGCGGCGAGCUCAGCGACAGUCUUGCCCAGGAUGCCUCACUACGGCAGGCCAUGGUCCACCGGGGCAAGGACGGGAAGCUCAAGUUCCUGUGUCGCCAAUAUCCAAGCCCGAACCCGAUGAACAAGCAUCUCGACGGCAAGAUAUUUGUUGCCGCCACUUACGACACAGGAGACGAGAGUAAAGACAGGGAAGCACCGAUCGGCACUGUCGAAUUGUCGGAACUGAGCAUAGAUGCCAAAGGAUGGCACGCAUGGGAGUGCCCAGAGUAUCCCAUUAUGAGGGGAGAUGUUGACAAGGAUAAGCGCUUCGUCCACAAGACGGUUGAAAAGAUCAACCACUAUUCACCAGAGAAGGACACUGAAAAGUUGUUCAAGUGGCAGCUCUCUCUACUCGAUGGCUUGGAAACCCGUUCCUCGUGGAGACCUGGACAAGUUCUUGGUGACAGUGCCACCGCCGACCUCAAUGCUUCAAUGAGCAAAGUGUUCAAGCGAGCAACUGAGUUUCCCGAUCAGCGGUCAACAACAUUUUUUGGAUACACGCCUAAGUAUCGCCGCCCCCAGGUCUGUGGACUCAGCUGGGGAGAUUACGAUCGAUUUUUCGAGUGGCAAUUACACGGCCACCCCAUUCCAAAAGACGAAGUUAGAAAGGAUGGUUGGGAGAUAGACCGGACGGCGCCAUUCCAGUUCGUGUCUGAGGAUGACGACGAGGACAUAUUCGAAGUUACAGCACAGCUCCCAGAGCAAUACGAGCCAGAAGAAGCAAUGAAAUAUCCCCCCCCGAACGCUAUGGGAGAGACUCAACGGCGGCAAUAG